AUGUCACAAAAGCUACCCGUAGACCGGAAACCUCUUGAACAGGAAGAGAUUACUGGUCUUGACGUGAAAGAGGGAGUAGAAAAUCAAACCUUGAAGAAUGAAGAAAUGGAUAACGAGGUAAUAAUUGAAGACGAUUUGGAUGGAGCAAACAGUGAAAAAGAAAACUUGUCAGAAAAGAGCGAAGAUCUUGUGGGUCGUCAAAAUAUUAAAGAGGAGAGCAGUAGUGAAGAUGAUGAUGAGUUGGAUGAUGAUGAUGAUGAUGAUGAAGACGACGACAUUGAAGAUAUCGAUGAAGAGAUAGUAGAAGAAUAUGAGGGUCAUGAAGAAGACUGUGUAGUAACAAAACCAAUCACACAUGUGUCCCGUCGAGAUCAUGAACAGCAUCCAAAGAAGCGCGUUGCCUUGGCUUCAGAAACAUCUAGGCAACAGCAUUCUUCUCAUCGUGGUCGGAAUAGUCGUAAAGAACAUCGGCAUAUGGCUUCAUCAUCCGAGGAUGAAGACUAUGUGUCUGAUGAUGUUGACGACGACAGCGAACCCGGUCAGCGAAGAAGACAUUCACAAACCUCAGCUACUGGUUCACGACGGCGGGGUACAAAGGAUGAAGACUAUCCUCUUAAUAAUUAUGAAAGUUAUAUUAGUCAAUUAAAAGAACCAAAUCCUUGCAAAAUACUCAAUAAAUUUAAUGAUUUUGGAGAUCUCAUUAUCUCUGGUCACAAUAGCUUAGACACUAAACAACAUUUCAUUGAUUUAAUGUAUAGAGAAUGGUUUCCAAAAUUUGCAAUUGUAUUAUUAAAUCGGGGCUACCCCACUGUAGCACCCGCACAAGCAAACAUUAUUGCGAGCACAAUUCAAUCAUUUUUGACAAAAGUUCUCCAAAUCUCUAUUCGACUUAUCGAAGAACCGGAGUCAAUGAAUGUUAGCGAAGAUGAGUUUCCGCUUUCAGAACAUAUGCAGGAUGCAGUGUCUCGUAUAUUAGGAGAUGAAAAUGCUACGUUUUAUCGUAGAUUUGAUAGUCGAUUUGAUACAAGGCGAUUAGAUGUAGGUGUAAAUUCAGUCAUGGUGGGAAUAGUUAAUGAUGAGAUUGGAGAAUACGAUGAUUCAAGUGAUAUUAUUGCAAUGGAACAGUUGGAACCACGUAUAUCCCAGUACCAAUACGAAUCAAUAAAUACGUUUGUCGGUAAUGGUGGAUUAGAGGCCGUCCUCCGUGCUCUAGGUUAUGUCGACGAAACGCGUUCGAUACGAAUCGAUACUCACCGCUUUAACAAUCUCGAUCUGAAAGACGUUCAUGGUGUUAUCAGAAUGAUUCACAAGAUUGGUCCAUAUGUCCCUAAUAAUGUGGAUUUUAGACAAUUUGUAAUGAAGGUUGCAAAUUGCGUAUACGAUCAAAUUAUAAACAUACCUGAAGAAUGGCUUAUCCGUCAAGAUAAAAAAUUAAUCCCAAAUAUUGUUCACAUGGUCACAUCCAUGAUAUUAACUUUACCUUCAUCUGUUUCUGGUACAGUCAAGGAUAUUGAGAGGAACUAUCACCCAAUGAUGUCGUCAGAUGAAGAUGACGAUGAUGAUAGCGAUUAUAUGCUAUAUCAGGAAGUACCCGAUGAACAACAAGUUAUUAGGAGUGCCCAAUUGAAAAUUGAUAUUGCAGUUCGCUUAUUGAAGACUUCAAGAUUGGACUUGCGAUUAACAGGUUUAAAUGAAAUUAAAGAAGCUCUUAUUUUAGGUCUAAAACAAGCAAGAGUACUUAAAAAGAGUAGACGUAGAGGUAAUGCUCGAAAAAGAAGUUUGAGUGUAGAUGGCGAGGACGAUGCUAUUCAAGUGGAUGAGGAAAACCCUUCCGACAAAAUUCAUCGGUAUUUUUAUUAUCUAAAAUUAUUAGAAACAUGUUCCGUUAAAAUCUUGGCUUAUUUAAAUAUUAAUAUAUUAAAUAUUAUAUAUAUAUAUAUAUUGAUGUAUGUUUACAGUGUGCUUAACGAAAAAUUACAGGAAUAUGCAAUUCUAGAAUAUAUAUUUGGAUCUAACAUUCAUUUGGAAAUUGUACAACGGUGUACUGAUAUUUUAACUUUUAUGAUACAUACUCGUACGCUAACGACUCGUGAAUUGGAUAUUGUAUGGUCUCCAAUUGAUGGGAAUCAACAUCGUAGCAUAAUUCACGGUGUUUGCCAAGUUUUAAUUGAAGUUUCAGAUUCAUUGAGUCAAGAUCAAAGAGAUUAUUUGUUUCAAAAAUUAAUGAAAAUGCCCAUGAGUUUUAUUGAAACACAGACAUAUCUGUUAAUAAGAACAUUGGUGCAGUCUACAAUGACCUGCGUAAGAGUAGGAGGAGUGCUCGUCAGUCAUAUUUCUUUCGAAGCUCACCGAAUAUUAUGGCGUAUUCUAUGUGAUUCCUCUGUUCCUGUACCAGUAUUAAUGAAUGCAGAAGUGUUAUCACCGACGGCUGGUUCCUCUGCUUCAACUAUAUCAACUAUUGACCCGGAAAUUACGCAAAAUGCUUGUACUGUUUUAACAGAAUUGUUACAAGGUGAUACUCGUCAGGAAGAUCGCAACGCGCUAUUAGAUAUGUGCAUCGAUUGUUUGAAGAGGCAUGACCCAGGAACAGUAUGGGCAUUAAGAAUAUUAACAAGGAUUAUUUCUCCUCCGUUUCCAAAUCCUUCCACGACUACCAAUGGAUAUCUUCAUCAUCUAAUAACUGGAGUGAAUCUACCACAAUUGUUUUUGGAUGAUUUGGAACAUUGGACUAAAACUGUAAAAGUUUGUGCUGAUAGGAGCUAUAGCUCAUUUAGCAUGGAUCUUGAUCGUAACAUAUCAUAUACUGCUUCGUCUUCGACGGUUUUACUCUCUCCGUCGAGAGCAGCAAUAUUAAGAGAUCAACUAAUUUCACGUUUGCAAUUUUUACAAUGGGUUGCAAAUUAUGAAACCAUCCCAUUUUUUACCUCUACAGCACAAACUGAUGUAAUAUGGAACUGUUUAAUCGUUGAUCCAAUUGGCAAACAAGAACAGGAUGAGGCAUUUUCAUAUUUCGAUCAUAUCAUUGAAUAUGAUCAUUUUACAAGUCAUUUUUUUAAUAAUCGUUUGCCUGAGUUAGAUGUUAGAUAUUUAUCAGACCAAGCAUUUAAAUAUGCCAAAAACUGUUUGCUUAAAGUUAACGCGAAAAAUGGAAGGUUACGUUCGACGUCACCUAAUCCUCAGUCACAAAAUCAGCUUAGUAUUAUUGUACAAGGUGAUCUUGUCGGAAUUGAUUUAAUAUGGGAUAUUGCUUUACGUGCGGAAGAGGAAUCUGUGGGCAAUGAGGCUAUUGUCUUUUUGGUUUAUUUAUAUUUGAAUACGGAUAAAAAAUUGGAAAAUCACAUUAAUCUUGCGCGCCAGCAUCGCGAAGCUUUGGUAGACAAAUGUGUUGCACAUCUGUUUACCGCUGCUAACGGGUUGUCUCGAUCUCUUGCCUUCUCAACAAUGGAUAACAAUAUUACCAUAUCUAACUUAGUCCAAGCGUCAUUGUCAUUAGAAAAUCAAGAUUCAAAUGCUUUAAAAUUUAAGAGGUGUCUCGAAGUGUUAAAGUCUUUUAUGGACUUAUUUGAUACUAAAUACAGCGAUUCUCCCAUGGAUCUUAACAUCGUGAAAAAACAUAGUAUGCUUAAUGAAGCAGAAAUGAUUACUGUAAAAGUAACAAUAACACAUGCGGGUGCGAACCGUGGUUUUGAAAUUCAAAUUCAUCCAACUGAAACUGUUUUAUCGUUAAGACAAAAAAUUGCUUCUCGUGUGGGAUCAACUCGACCUGGAAUGAUAAGAUUAAUUACAUCAGGAAAAGAAUUAAAUACUGAUCAAAACGGAAUGACACUGAAAAAACUAAAAAUUACGCAAUCAGAUCUUCCAAUUAAUAUGCUUUCAAAAUACAUUGAUCAGUUCUUCUUGAUGUUAGAACUUGAUGAAGCUUAUUCGUCACAGAUAUGGGAUCUUCUUAUGAGGCUUCCUACUCAUAUAAAGUCUAUGGAAGCUUUGAAAUCACUUGAAAUACCAGUUAAAUGGGAAGAACUAUUUGUUAAUCGUUCUCCAUUUAGAUUAUUAUAUUCUUUGCAAAUAUUAAAUUGGCUUUUAAGAGACGGAGAUGAAACUCAAAGUGGACCUGAAUGGAGUAUGCGUUUUGUAGAAAACGGAGGACUAGAUUAUUUAUUAUCUUUACUUAUGGUGCGAGGUUCUGCAAAUGAUAGCAAUAAUAUUGUAAAUUGCCAACAAAACAGUGUCACUAAACGUGCCUGUCUUGGCCUUUUAUUGAAGGUUAUAAGCUAUUUUGCAGUUGAUAAUUCAUCUGUGAGCUCGACAGUUUUUCAACGAUUUGAAUCGAAUGCUUUAAUAACAAAAUUAAUUGAUAUUAUUGGAUAUUGCGUAGAUCCUUCUCAUAAACAAGUCGGAGAAGAUCUUAUUAUAAUUCGAUAUGCCAUGAAGCUUUUGUUGUGCUUAUGUUUGCGUGAAGAUUCAGCUUUAUCUAGCUUUGUUGAAUAUUCUAAUUUGCGUGAAUGGUUAAUAACGGCAUUAGUAGCAUGCAGAUCAGAAGAAGCUAGGAAUCUGAUGUCUCAAAUGCUUCUUCAGUUUUGUCAAGACAUUGCAGAAUCUUCGAAUGCGUUGUCGAACCAACUCCCCACUUCUCUUGAGUCUUUUCUAUCAUUAUUAUGGUCAUUCUUGCCAGACGUGGAAAAUUAUGUUGAUACUAGUAAAGAAUAUUUUGAAUUAAUGGGAAAUUUAAUGCAUUUUGUCACAAAAUCCAAUCGUGUUAGUUUACCAGCACUAUAUAGCGAUAUUAAGCGGCAAAUUAAAGAACAUCCAAUUAAAGAGCAAUUCAAUUCUCCUAACGAAGAUACUGUAAUAGUUGGUUUAAUCAAAUUGAUGACGAUCAUUGUAUCGGAAUAUCAGGAUUUUAAACGUGUUUCUGGUGAUACGUUACUAGAUUUAAUAUUUUAUGAAUGUCUGUUCCAAGUUCCUACGAUUAAACACACGGGUUCGUGCUUACCUCCAAAGUGCAAACUCGAAGUUUCUAGAAAUGCUGCAUUAGAACUUUUGAAUCAGCUUGUUAAAUAUUGCCCAAAAAAUUUCCUACGUAUAACGGAAUUAUAUUUAAAGCAAUUGGAUAGAGGUGAUCAAUUAAAUGAUAAUUGGAAUUAUUGUCCUAGAACAGCUCAAAAAUCUUCUGCUGGUUAUGUUGGGUUACAGAACCUUGGUGCGACAUGUUAUGUUAAUUCACUUAUACAACAAUUUUAUAUGAACGCUUUUUUCCGGCAAAGUAUAUUUAACACGCCAGUUCUUGAUAAUAAUAAAGAUGAUAACCUUCUUUAUCAACUUCAAGUUGUUUUCGGUAAUUUGCAGGAAAGUGAAAAGAAGUCUUACGAAGCCACUACAUUUUGUCAUGCUUAUAAAGAUUAUGAUGGACAACCAUUAAAUGUAGCGCUUCAAAUGGAUGUUGAUGAAUAUUUCAAUGGACUUUUUGAUCGUUUGGAAAAUAGUGUUUCAGGGACACCACAGGCGAUGCUUCUUAAAGAACAUUUUGGUGGAUCAUCAGUUCAGCAAAUUAAAUCGAGAGAUUGUGACCAUAUAUCUGAAAAAGAAGAAUCAUUUUAUGUUUUAAACUGCGAAGUGAAAAACAAGAAGAACGUUGAAGAAAGUUUGGAACUUUCAGUUGAAGGCGAAUUGUUAGAUGGAGACAAUCAAUAUUUCUGUACCAAAUGUAACAAGAGUGUGGAUGCUAUAAAACGAUCUUGUAUAAAAAAACUUCCUAAAAAUUUAAUUGUAAAUUUGAAGAGAUUUGAUUUUGACAUGGAAUUGUUAAAACGGGUCAAGAUCAAUGAAUAUUUUGAGUUCCCAACAAAUAUCAAUAUGGAACCAUAUACAUUGGACUAUUUAAUUAGAAAAGAGUCAGGUCAACUUGAUGAGAUGAAAUUUGACGUUACAAACAAAGGUCAAUUUGAAUAUGAGUUGGUUGGAGUGUUGGUUCAUACUGGUACUGCAGACUCUGGACACUAUUACUCUUUCAUUAAAGAAAGAAAGCCUUUGCACAAUAAUGAAAAUAAUGAAAGUAAUGAGCGAAGAUGGUAUCAAUUUAAUGACUCCAACGUUGAAAUAUUCGACCCAAAAGAAAUUGCGAAACAAUGUUUUGGAGGACCAGAAUAUGUAAUGCAAUGGGAUCCAGCCUCACAAAAAAAUCUUCCUAGAAUGUUUGCAAAACAAUACAACGCGUAUAUGCUUUUCUAUGAAAGAAUUGGUGAUCAAAACAAUACAGAAUCUGAGCAGGAACAAGUUGCAAAAGUACCUACCGAUAUAUAUAGUUCUAUUUGGGAGGAAAACAUUAACUUCCUUCAAGAUAAAAACAUUUUCGAUCCAGGUUAUUUUCAAUUAAUGUGGUCAGUACUUCAUUCUAUAGAUUUUGCCGAAAAAUCUAAAAUUACUGUAAAUGGAGAAGAAAUAGAUUUAGUUCUUCGUACAAUUCAGCUCGCUACUGAGUUUGUGCUAGGUACACUUUCACGUGCCAAAGACAAUCACGAGCUAAAGAACUGGGUAGAGUUUCUCAAAUCAUUGUUUCAAACACAUUUGUAUGGAUGUCAAUGGUUAAUUGGUCGACUUAUCGAUAAUAAUCCUAAUUACAUUCAACAAAUUCUUAUGUCUUGUUAUGUUCAAGAUGUUCGAGAACAAAUUGUUGAUUUAAUAAUGUUUGUUUUAAGAACACUCCGUAACGGAGAUCCAACAGCUUAUGGUUUACAAACAGUUGUUGUUAUUGAUAAUGAAGAUAUUUUAGACUCGUCUAUGAAUUUAGAUUCAACUCAAGCUCAAAUUUGUAAUCCUAAGGGCCUGAUCGUUCAAUUAUGCGAGGCAUUGCUUAAUUUAUUACCUUCCGCACACAUUUGGUGGAGGAAUUUUGAACAAUAUUUCUAUCUACUGUCUUAUAUUGCUAGUUCUGGUAUGCCGGAACGUAUAUAUAUGAUUAAGCGAGGAUUCAUCGGAGAAUUGGUUAAAUUAUUCUUAUUGGAUGAAUUGCAACCAUUAAAAUCCCGUAAACGAAGAAUGGGUGACAAAUUUUCAUUGCCUCCUUUUCGAUAUUUGUUGACUACUUUACGUACUCUUUUAAGAGCUUGUGAUGUUGCUAAUAUAAUUAGUGAUAGGGAAUCGGAAAGAGAACGAGAUCCGUCCUCAUUAACAGGAAUUCAAACUUUAUUAAGAUUAAGUCGGAGCGAAUAUGAUUUAAUUUUCGAACAUAACGAGUCUGAAGAUAUUCAAUAUAUUUUCUUCAUGAAGCAAAUUCGAGACUGUAUUGAUGGUGCUGCAUCUCGAGAAAUCUUUCAACAUUUUGCUAUCAACAAUGAAGAAAUUUCCGAAGAAUUUAUAAAUCAAUUGAUCCGUGCUGCUGAUACUUACACUGCAGAUCAUGUCCGACCACACCUUGAAAUUAUAUAUUCAUUGAAUCAAAUCCAAGAUUCAUUUACACAAAUUAGAAUCGAACAUACUAUUUCAGAGAUCUUAAAGUUAGCUAAAAGUAAUCAAAAUUCUCCCCCUAUUGCAUAUGAGUGCCUUGGAUUAAUUGAAGCGUUAUGCACUUCAACAGUUGGUGCAUAUGUUCAAAAUGCAUUUUUCAAUUAUAUGGAUGAUUGGUUACUUGAAUAUCUUUUGAUCAGUCCAUAUGAGACUGUGAGGCAACGUGCCGAAGAUCUGUUUUCUUUAUUGAUAUUUGGUAAAUUGGAUGAAGCGCAGGGAGAUCAAGCACAAAAAGAUGCAUAUAAAUCGAUGACAAAGCAUUAUACCAUGAUGCUCAAACAUAUGGAUGGUUUUGAACAAUGCUGGAAAGCAACACAUAAUAGGAGAGGAGCUGAACCUUAUGGAUGGAGAUUAAGCAACAUCUUUAGAUGCAUGACAAAAUGUUUGAGAUCACAAAAAGAGAAACAAAUGUUUCAAGCAUAUUAUGAAAGGUUCAGUUCUAUUUUCAUUGCAGUAGAUACUGCCAGGAUAGAUUGUGAUAUGGACAAAAAGGAAAUAAUUACAUUCUGGUAUACGGUCUGCGAAAAUUACACACCAAAUGUGGAUAUAUUCAUAUCGAAUGAAAAUUUGACCAAUCAUCUUCAUAUGUAUUAUGUUAGUAUUAAUCAUACACAAGAGAAUAUUAAUUAUAAUCAGACAACCCUUCCAAAAUAUUAUGGUUUACUCUUAAUGGGUUGUCGCCGUUCAAAUGAAUAUCAUAAAAGAUGGAUAGAAGCUCCAAAUUAUUAUUGGGCGCUUAGUAGUAUGAUAUUCGGUGACUUUUACGAUGACCAUAAAACCGACGAAUUAAUCGCGCUGAUGAAUUUCAGUGCUGACGAAUCAAUAGUAUUCAGAUCAAAAGUCUGGGAUCAUGUAAUCCCAACAUUGAGUAAUAAUACACCUUUAUCACGUAAAGUUAGCCAAAUUUUAAGACUUGUCCAGUUUUUAAAUAGAAAUUCAAUAGAAGAUCUCUAUUUGUUCGGUAAAUACCAUGGAUUUGAAAUUUUGUCUCAGCAUAUACAUACUAUUAAGGACAAACAUCCUAAUGAUGAAAGUAUUCUCAAAUGCCUGGAGGUUAUAAAUUUAAACCUGGGUAUUGCCCUAUCAUCUGAUGAAGGUACUCGUGAUUACAUUAAAAGUUGGAAAUCACGGUCAGAUUUUGUAACCAAUCUCUUAACGUUUCUUCAUCCGAAUGUGGAAAAUGCAGUUUAUGUAAAGGCGUCAGAAAUCCUUUGUAAAUUUGUUUCAAUGAAAUCCACCAUGAACCUUGCAAGUGAAAUUAUGCAAAUACUUAUCGACAAGCAUUCACUUUGGCAGCGCGGAUGGUCCAAUGUUACUCAAGAAGAAUUACAGUUGAAGUUUGGAGGAAGCCAAUCAAUUUUUACAGAACUGAAGUUACUUGCCAAUGAAUCUGAAAGUUAUAGUCCAUCCGGGCCAUCAAUUCACGUUUAUAAAACAUUUUUAACUAAGUUACGAAGCGAGGAUAUACUUCGAUUACAGCAAAAAAUAUACAACCCUUAUUUGGUGAUCAUUAAUAAAUUGGUCGACGCCGCCAUAGAAUUGAAGGAAUUUGAUAAAAUUAUUCGGUUAUGUUCAUUGAUUGUUUUAGAAAUGAUGGACCACAUUGAUGUUAACGAUAUAUUUAGUCAACUGUUGAAUAUCUAUGAAAAGUAUUCGACCAAAGAAGUCAUAAACGCUUAUCACAAUGCACCAUUUGCAAUGUUGGUCGAACGUAUUUUGAAUUCAGAUUCACAUUUUAUUUUGGAUCUUUCGCCGGAAAGAUUAAAUACUUUCAAAUCGCUAAUUGGCAUUAUAAAGACAAGUAAACCAGAUGUCAUUCAACCUAUAGUGUUGAAACAUAUCCAACAAUUUGCAGCUAAUUCUAAAGUCCUUAGAGAGAAACUUGACUCUAAAGAUUUGGAUUCAAUUAAUACAAUUAUUAAAGAACUUCUCAUAAUUCUUCAAGUUUUGGUACUUUCAUUAUCUGACAGCGAUAUACCAGUUGAUGAUCCUCUUAGAAAAGCCUAUUUAGAUAGUUUAAAAGAAAUAAAUUCAGAACAAGUUAAAAGUGGACUUGGACAAUUUGAUGAGAUGACAGAAGUAAUUAAUAAGAUUAAUUUUCUGCUCGAUCAAUUGACACCUCAAUGUGAAAAUGAUUUUGAAGUUGUUGAGAAACCGAAAAAUGAUACGAUUAGUAAUAAUGCAUAA